AUGGCAGGUGUGAAGGCACCGUGGUGGGCGACGAUAUACGUUAUUGUCCCCAUCUUCUCUGGAUUUGUAUGGCUGGGAAUGCUUCUUGGGAUGUUACUAUGGUGGACGGUAAAAGAGCAUUCAGUACACCUCGUACCAAUGGAUGCAAAUCAACAUAUCGCGUACAUCUCGGAUAUUGGAGCGCAUCAAUUGCAACCCCUCUUCAUCGCGAUGGGAACGACCACCGUCGUGAGCUUCACCACCGUCUUCGUUACUGAGCGCUGGCUCCGACACCGAGGAACAAUUGCUCGAAAUACUUCCAUGUUUCAGAAGAUACUGAGUGGCCUCGCCAUUAUUUUUGCGAUAAUAGGAAUGAUUGGUUUGAUCAUUCUCACUUGCCGAAAUGAUAUCAAAUACUCCAAAACUCAUGACGCAUGUCUGGUAGUCUUCAUUGCCGGCUACAUCCUGUCUGCAAUCUUUGUCUGCUGGGAGUACCAACGCCUAGGGAUUCACUACCGUCAACACCGGAUCCUUCGCAUUUCCUUCUGGAUCAAACUCGCCUUCAUCUUCGUUGAACUGGGUCUCGCCAUCGCCUUCGGUGUCCUCAGUGACAAGGAGAAUUACAAUCCCGCUGCUGUUUGUGAAUGGGUUAUUUCUCUCAUAUACACAUUCUACGUCUGGAGUUACGCGAUCGAUUUCAUCCCUGCGAUCCGCACAAGACAUUAUGCUAGCAAGGAGACGGAGAUUGAUAUGGCCGAAGGCAUGGAGUCCGAGUCGAGGAUGAGGGGAUACCCAGGUGGACUGGCGCAGGAAGAGGCUGCUUAUGGAUCAACUGGUGUGGCUCGUGGUCAUGAGUCGAGGAAUUUUUAACAAAAGGUGGUGGAAGGAGCAUUGAUUGUAGAUUCGGGAACGCACUGUGUAUGUGUAGAUGAGUUAAGAUGGAGUUUAUGGGACUCUGAACGUUUGUUAAUGAAAUGAAAGCUUCGAGUUCAAGACCUUGAAGAUGUUCAAGUAGGUAUUGCUACAGCCACAAGUAGG